AUGACAAUAUACCAGCAAAAGAGUGGAGUCAAUCUAUCGUACGAAACCUUGUUAUCAGUUGGGAAUAGUACUGCGAAUGGUUCCAGCAGUCAAUUGCAUCAAGACCUUCGACUUAACUUCCAACUUCAUCAAAAAGACAUUGAACAAGAAGCAAUGACGAACGACCUAACGGGCAGCACUCUGAACAUACCCGAAAACCAUAGCAUUACUUCCUGCGUAGUGGGUGCUGAGACACCGCGCGAUUCUGACGAGCUACCACUUACCAUGGAUCUUCUCGAUGAAUUUCUGAAUCUCGGGGCGCAGCAGCAUACAGCGCCGCAGCAGGGCAAGCUACCAGCAACACAGCCACGAAGCUACAAGCAAGAACCUCUAGCGAACCCUUUAGCGCCGGGCACCUCAUCCGGGCAAUUUAACGCCCAUUUUCACAGGCAGUUCCAAGAGCAGUUCCAGCAGCAUGCAGCGCUACCGCCUAACCAGCGCACCUGCCAUUACUCAUAUCAGCAACCACAGACGUCACAGAGUAGAUUGCGCAAUUACUCAUUUGCUCCCCCGGGCCGGCGUCUGUCUAUCACAGGAUACCAGAGCGAUAAACCUAUAUAUUACGAGUACGAAUUCUUUGGAAAGCAAAGUGCAGAAGAGGAAGAUGAAGCUACGGCAAAUGAAGAUGAUACUUUGACCACAGAUGAGGAAGAUCUGUACAACCUGUCUCAUCUGAUGGCAUCGCCCGGAGGCAAGGCACGGAAGGACUCUAUAUUCAGUGAUUAUGGAAAUGAGAUGGUCAUGCCAUUGCCACAGGCACAGCAGAUAAAUAUGCAGGUCGAAGACUACACACCAAUGGUGGGAAUGGAAUCUAUGCCACAAUGGCGCAAGAUGAAGGACAUUUUCAAAUGGAAUCUUUUUGGAGGCGGUAAAGUAGACUCGCAACCGUCUCCAGCAGAAUACAUAGAGAUGAACGAGGAGGAGCAUCAUCAACCCUUUAGGAAAAGGUACUUCUGGUCACGCAGGCCAAAUACGCCUGCCAUUCAAGCUGAAUCGCAGGAGGAGGCUUCGGUUAACCCUAGUGAACUGGUCCGUUCAAGUUCAUUUGACCUCCCUUUAACACUGGAAUGCAUCACCCCUUCAUCGACGGAUGUGACAAGCUCAUUCACGACUAACACAAGUGUUACGGGAAAUGAGCUGACAGAGCCAUUCUCCCAUCCAUUGAAGAUGGAACAAGCCGGCAUAUACUUCAAGGAACCUCUUUUGAAAAUGGCCGAGCAGAUGUCAUCAUUCUCUUCUGCACCAGACCCGCUGGACCCGGGCAUCACCAAGAAACGAGCAGGCAUGCCGAAGACUCGGGGUAGAAAGCCGUCACCAGCCCUAGAUGCUACAAAACCUUUUGGCUGUGAAUACUGUGAGCGUAGGUUCAAGCGCCAGGAACAUCUAAAGAGGCAUAUAAGAUCACUACAUAUGGGGGAAAAACCAUAUGGAUGCGAUAUCUGCGGAAAGAAGUUUAGCAGAAGUGAUAAUCUGAACCAGCACAUAAAGACACAUUCCAACGGUGCUACCGAAAGGAAGUUGUAA